AGUUGUUUACCAAAUUUGAAGCUCUACGGUUGAUCCGCGCAUGAAAGGGCGCCAUAAAACAAUAAAUAACUUGAAGAGACGAAUCCGCGAAACGUUUAACAGUUAUCAUAAUAUCCAGCCUAUUGGCGUAGUUCGCUGCGCCGACUGUGUUAUUAACUACGCUGUUUGUUUUUGUUUUUUGCAAGUGCUUUUGAGUGCCGAAGUUAAAAAAAAAGUCCGUGCGUAAGCCAGCGCCAGUUCAAUCCGCCCGCUUGCGUGAAGGACCCAGUUUUAGCCAUGGCCCAAACAGAGGCCAAAACCACGUGCACGCGGCGUCGCCGCCAGUUUUUGCCCCAUGGCCAAAAUAGGCAGCAGCAGCUGCAGCAGAAGCGGCAACAACAACAUUGUUAGCGGUUUCCACUCAAAAAUAUACCGUGUGCUACAUAAUGCCGUUAGAUAUUUGUAACGGCUUAGAUCGCAUACCGUUAAUCGUGGAUUGUGGCACUAACUGAACUGGUCGUACGAUUGUUGUGAUUAUCCUUGCUGCGGAUCCCGACUAUUAAAAGUGGGGAUAAGCAUUGGCAACAGUUGGCAAUUCGUAAGCAGUCAUCAGAUUAAACCAUCACAGUUUUCGAAGGACUCAUUACAGUUGAAUUCAGCAUCCGGCGCGACAGGCUGUCUCAUUUCCACAUCCACGCUCACAUUCAGCCAACUGAGGGCUAAAAAGGAGAAAAUAAAGGGAGAGAACGAAAAAAAAAAACAACAAGCGACAGGCUCGUAAAAGGGCGCUGCUGUACAGCAAUAAGAACAUUUUAUGACGGUCACAUAAUAAGAUCGAAAAAGGCCCCGCCCACUUUUGCACAAACCGAAGGCGCAGAGGAGGAUGCAAAUUACGUGGCACAUGAAGCGUCAAAGCGUUUGAUUUGAUUGUCAGCGGCAGAAGUGUGAGAAGUGAAGCGAAGUGAAGUGAAGGGAAGCGAAUCGUUUACCGCGCGAGUUUACACCUCCAACGGACCGACUGGCACCAAUUGAUUGAUUGAUUGACAGAUUGGCCAGGGGUCGGAGGUUAGAGGUCAGUGGCAGAGGCAGAGGCAGCGGCAGAAGCAGCGGCAGCAGCACAAUGAACAAGAAGUCGCCACUGCCGUUGGCGGCAUUUCUCGGCGGCGACGGCAGCGGCGGCAGCGGAAACUGUGCCGCCAGCGGUAGCAGCAAUGUUGCAGCAACUGCAGCAUCGGCGGCUGCGAAUGGUUCCGGCGGACGUGUCGGCGGUCGGCAGACGUCGACGGGCGGCUCGUCGAGCGGCGGCGGGGGAUCCAAGUCGGAGAAGCAGGCGGCACGGGAGGCGGGCGGCGGCGGAGGCAGUUUAUGCGGUUGCCAAAAGGCGCCCAAGUCACACUGCAUAUCAGCAACAGGCGUACUUUUGUUGGUGCUGCUCUACACGGCCAUGGGUUCCAUUGUAUUCGUGACCCUCGAGGGCGAAUUGGAGGAUGGUGGCGCCCUAGAAACCGCUGUGGCCGCUUCUAAGCCAUAUCCCCGCACCGAACUGGCCAACGCGGAGAUACGAUCCAGAACUGUGGAUCGUUUGUGGUCGAUAACGGAGGACCUGAAUAUAUUGUAUAAGGAGAAUUGGACGCGACUCGCCGCACAGGAGGUGCAGCUAUUUCAGGACACUUUGCUGCGGGCGGUGCGACAGUCGAAGGUUUAUCCCCCCGGGGGAAUCCAGUUGAAUGCGCCCACACACAAAUGGACCUACGCCUCGGCCUUUCUCUACUCCCUGACAUUAAUUACAACGAUAGGCUAUGGCGGCAUCUCACCGCGAACGCAGUGGGGCCGAGUGGCGGCCUUGGUGUACGCCCUGUUCGGGAUUCCCAUCGUGCUGCUCUACCUAUCCGCCAUGGGCGAAGCGCUCUCGGCGGGAAUGCGCUGCCUGUUUCGGCGCCAGCGUGUGAAGGGCGGACCUGGUGGCGGUCCCGGUGGUGGCGCCUCCGGUGGAGUGGGCUCGGGCGCUGGUGGAAGCGGUGGCGGCCGAAAGACGGACAAGAAUAAGGGCCAGGGGCACUAUGGCCACCAGAAGCUGCAUCAGUACGGCCUGCCUCCGUCGGUGUACCAGCAGCAGCAGGCGCAGCAAGCGCAACAGGCGCAGCAACAGCAGGCGCAGCAAGCGCAGCAGGCGCAGCAACAGCAGGUGCAGCAGGGCAAGAAAUCCUCGGGCAAUCGCCGUGGCUCACCCAGUGUUCCCAUCUCCAUCUGCGUGUGUGUGCUGCUCUGCUAUGUGAGCAGUGGUGCGAUUCUGUUUCACAAAUUGCAGAACUGGAGUGUCCUGGAAUCGCUCUACUUUUGCUUCACCUCGCUGGGAACCAUUGGAUUCGGUGAGAUGGCGCCCAAUGGUGCAGUGGCUCUCUACACGGCCUCCGCGUACAUUCUGGUUGGCAUGGCCGUGGUGGCCAUGUGCUUCAGCCUCAUCCAGACGGAGAUCGUACUGUGGCUGCGCCGGUUCAGCGUUCAGGAUCACGUGAUGCCCAAGGCCGAGGAACUGGCUCUAGUCACCGUGGCAGUUACGCCGAAACCCUCCUGACAGAGACCUAGUGCGGAUCCCAGUCUGGGCGUCGGAUUGGGAGUGGGUCUGGCCGGCGGCGCUCUGGGGCAGCCGCAGAACAAUCUCGGCCAGCACCAGACCAUGUUCUUUGGACCCGCCCACACGCUGACGCAGUACAGUUCGCUGCCGCGCAGGAGUCACCUGCAGGCGGCCAACAAUUCCGGCGGAGGAUCGGCCUUCCAGCGGAAUACGCCCAUCCGCAGAUCGACGGGCAUACCGGAGCAUCAUCUGGAGUACUUUGUGCCGCGUAGCAUCAGUGAGUUCAAUCUGUCGGGAGUGGGCGAUCUCGCCCUGCCGCCACCACGUCGAUACUCACCCAAUAUGGUUGGUGGUGGUGGUGGAAUGGGCGGCAUGGGCAUGAAUAUGGGUGGCAUGGGCAUGAACAUGGGCAUGGGCAUGGGUCUGCCACAUGGCCUCCAGUUGGGUCCACCACAGACGCUGCUCUGCUCGGCCGCGCCCACUGUGCAGCAGCAACAGCAGCCGCCUCCGCCGCCGGCACAACUGCAGAUUGUCACCCUAAAGCCGCGCAGCGAGAAGAUGGUGACCUUUGAGGAUGAGUCAAAGCAGGCGGUGGGCGGUGGAGCAGUUGGCGGAGUAGCUGGUGGCUCCGGAACGCCACCGCAUUGUCCACACGGUGUGCCGACGACUCCGCGAAAAUCGCCAGCCGUGGGCGAUAUAUUCAUGUGACCAGGAGCGCAGAACGAGGCGGCCCAGGUGGAUGCAGCAAUGCGAUUGCGUGACAGCAUCGAUGAUGCACUGUGUCCAAAAGCUGGACCGGCGCCAGGUGAAGUGAUACGUGUCUAGAAAAUCAAAGGAACAUUCUCACUCACUCACACAUACGCACACACACACACACACACACAACAACAACAACACACUGUAAGUAAAUGCACACACACACAAACGCGUAUGAAACCAACUUUUCCUAGGCAAAAGGGAGUGGAACAAAAAACAUUGCCUACUUUUGAGGGCCACUGCUCUCAACUUGAAGUUCAUUGUGUUUUUUCAGCAUAUACAUAAGUAUAAAUAAAACAUAGAGCAAAUAUUUAAUGUUAUGUGUGUAAAUAUAGCAUACAAAAACCACAAAGGAGGCAACUAACUAAAGUUGAGUCGCAUUUUUGCGACAGAACGAGAGAGAGUGAAUUAAAAUUAAAAUUCUAAAUGAUAAAUGCAUAAAUAAUUGAAUGCUGCGUGAGGGCGUUUUACGGUUAAUACCGUGGAACACGGAUCCAGGAAUUAAUAAAUACACUCAACCACACACACAUACACAUGAACACGCACACACACUAUGAAUAAUAAAUAGUGCGUGGGCGUGGCAUUAGGGGGCGGGCAAGUAGAGCAAACAAAAUGCAAAUGAAAAUGACAAAUUGUAUAAAUACCAAAGGACAAAGUUUAUUUAAGCGAUUUGUUAGUUAGUUGCUCCUGCUCUCUCAGUUCAUUUUUUUUUUUUUGUCGUUUUUUGUUUCGCCGUUUCUGGUCGGAAAAUUUCAAUUAGUUUUAUUUGCUGUUUCGCAGGGCAAAUAUGUAUAAAUUUCCGGAAGGCAUUUUUUUUUCUAUUUGCAAAAUGCUGAUGGUUUUAUUUCCAGCAAUGCCAAAUGUUAUUUAAACUGUGCCAAGUAAAAUCGAAAUCUUUUCUAGAAAAUAUAGUAACAUUGUUUUUUUUUUAACAAUAAAUGGGGUAGUACUGUACUGUAAAGUAAUUUUCCCAUUUCCCACUGUCUUACAAACUGUGAAACGGUGCCAAGUUAAAUGUAAAAAUGUAACCAAUAAAAUAGCAAAUAUGUUUUUAAUGCAAAAUCGCAUUUUUACCAAUCGAACUGUUGAAUGUACUCAUAGUGAAUAAGAUUCAAAGUGUUAUGUGUGUAUAUGAGUGUAAGAUAAAUGUGUAUGGGGAACCGGGGAAUCGAAAGUAUUAUCAAAAUUGAUUGUUAAGCUGAUUGUUUAAUCCGACUAAAUGCCACGUAUAAGCGAUCAACGAAUUACCAGCGAUUUAUUCAAAAACUUUGGUGUCAUUUAGCUUGAGUAUUUUUAGCCGCCAUUUUGCCAUCCGUUUUGGCAAAACUCGUAAUUUCCAAACCGCCCACUGGCAAUUAGGUUUAAAUACUUUUUAAAUGCAUUUUGAUUGUAGGUAAUUGAGCGCGUGAAUGGCCAUUUGUUGUUUGUUUCUGUUGGUUUUUGGCCUUGUUUUCAGUUGCCUGUUCUCUGCUGACCGUUUUCUGUUUGGUGUUGCUGUUUUCCACUGACAGGACAUCCAAUUGGAGGGCUGUCAAGCGAGCGGAGCUCAUUUGAGAGCGUUUUUUUUUUUUUUUUGUGUUGUUGCUUUCGCUGCUUUGCGGCAAUUCAUUUAAAAUAAAUUCAAUUUGAGCGACCGCCAACGCCCACCGAAUGGGCGUGGCUGGCCGCCUGGUUGCAUUUGUUAAUUUUUGCCAUAUUCAAUUUGUGGCAUUCAAUUAAAAUAGUGAAAUUAAACCAGAUAGGAUAGUCAUCGCUCGUAAAACACAUAGCAAGCCAAAAAAAAAAAAAAAAAACAAAAAGAAGAUUAAUAUAACAUAUAAAUAAAGAAGUUUUUUAAAAAUACAACAUGCUGGACAACUUUCAAUUUAUGGGUUGUGGCCCCGCAGAGACUAAUUGCAGAGCUCAAACUUGGGUCAUAGCCAAAGCCGAUUCAGAUAGAUGUCUAUGUAGUUAAUAACUAACUAACUAACAGCCAAACGGUAAUAGCAUAACAAAAGAGCGAUAAAACAAAUAUUGAAAUUAAGCCAAUGUAAUUAAAUUAAGUCCACUUCAACACGCAUUCACACACAUACAUACACAAACUCGACACACACACGCACACACACACACACACUGACAGACAGACAGAGCCACAACCACAGACAAAUUAAUACCAUAAAGUAAACUAAAUGUAACGAUACUUUUUUUUUUGUCAAAUUCCUAGCACGGUAAGUUGAACUUUUAGGCUAACCGCAUAGGCUCAUUGCGAGUGGCAGUUAAGGUUAAUUACUCUAAUUCAUAUGUACUCCUAGUCCACUAGAUACACAUACAUAUGCGUAUACAUAUACAUAUACAUAUAGAUAUGUAGCCGUACACAAAACGAAACUAAUCUAGCAUUGAGAAAGGCAAAUACCAAUAAGAAAUACCGCAGUUCGC